ACACACAGAAAAGAAACUGAAGAAGACUGAAGUCCAAGCUGCUUCUCCUGCUCACUGUUACGCUGGACCUGGAGAUGUGGAGUGUGAUUUCUGCUCCAGGAGAAAACACAAAGCCGUCAAGUCCUGUCUGGUUUGUUUGGCUUAAUUUUGUGAAACUCAUCUGAAACCUCAUCUUGAAGUUCCUGCUUUGAAAAAACACACAUUAAUUGAAGCCUCAGCAAAACUCCAAGAGAAGAUCUGCUCUGAACAUAACAAGCUGAUUGAGAUCUACUGUCGUACUGAUCAAACCUGCAUCUGUUAUUUGUGUAUGAUGGAUCAUCACAAAGGUCAUGACACCGUCACAGCCGCAGCAGAAAGAGCUGAGAAACAGAGUGAGUUAAAGUUAAAGGAGGAGCAGAUGAAAUCCCAGCAGAGAAUCCAGGAGAAGCAGAAGAAGGUGCAGGAGCUGAAACAGGCUGUGAACAUUAUAAAGCUCAGUGCACAGACAGCAGUGGAGGACAGUGAGAGGAUCUUUACUGAGCUGAUCAGCUCCAUGGAGAAAAAGCGCUCGGAGGUGACGGAGCUGAUCAGAGAUCAGGAGAAGGCUGAACUGAGUCGAGCUGAACGACUCCUGGAGCAACUGGAGCAGGAGAUUGCUGAUCUUCAGAGGAGAGUCACUGAGCUGGAGCAGCUUUCACACACACACGAUCACAUCCAUUUCCUCCAGGUUUUAGCGUCUGGAUGUCUGUCUCCUCCAUUUCACAGACCAGAGUUUCAGACAUCCAGCGUCACUGUCCAUCAACAUCUCUCAUUUGAUGGAGUGAGGAAUUCUCUCUCAGAUCUGAAAAAGAGACUCGAGGAAUUCUGUGAGGAGGAAUUCAACAAAAUCCUUCCACAUGCUGCAGCAGUUCAGAUCAUUUCAGAACCAGAACCACAGAGCAGAGAAGAGUUUCUGAAAUAUUUCUGUUAUCUGACUCUGGAUCCCAACAUGGUACAUCGUUACAUCAUUCUGUCUGAGAAGAACAGAGCGGUGAGAUGGAGUGAGAGUGAGCAGCGUUACUCUGAUCAUCCAGAGAGAUAUGAUUACUGGGCUCAGGUGUUGUCUAAGGAGAGUGUAUGUGGACGCUGUUACUGGGAGGUGGAGUGCAGCGGUCAUGGUGUGUUCAUAUCAGUCUCAUAUAAAGACAUCAGAAGGAAAGGACGGGGUAAAGAGUUUCUAUUUGGAUUCAACAAUCAGUCCUGGAGUCUGUGGUGUUCUUCUUCUUCUCUCUGUUUCUGUCACAACAACAUUAAGACUGAUCUCAGAGUUCCAUCACCCUCCAGAAUAGGAGUGUAUGUGGAUCAAAGUGCAGGAACUCUGUCCUUCUACAGCAUCUCUGACAUGAUGAAGCUCCUCCACAGAGUCCACACCACAUUCACUCAGCCUCUAUAUGCUGGGUUCUACUUGUUUUAUGGUUCUGUGAGAUUGUGUGAUCCAGAAUAAAAGUGUGUAGUGUUUUCUGUAAAA